UAUAAACAAGCAAACAAGCCGGCCGGCGAUUCCAUUGGGACUUAUUCAUUCGAAAUUAGAAUACGGUUGACCGCGCGCGCUUUCCGCGCCUUUUUUAACGGCUACGAUUCGAAACAAAAAAAAUAUGAUUUCAAUUUAUAUUUAAACUCUUUUGAAUAGUGAUAAAUUCACUAUAUUUUUUUAAAUUAUUUAAUUACUGGCCGUUUUUAAUUUUUUUUUAAUUUAUCCAAAAUGCUUAAGUACACAGUAAAAAAGUAUUGCUCAGAGGGAAGUAAAUUUCAUCAAAUAGUUAUGGUGGUGCUAAUGGUGCUACCAGUUUUCUCCUAUGGCACAGCGAUCGGAUGGCUCUCUCCAAUGGGUCCCAAGUUAAUGUCCGAAGACUCUCCGGCAGCGGAACCAGUACAUCAGGAUGUGAUAUCAUGGAUGGCUUCAGUUCCGUACUUGGUUGGAACACCGGCUGUCUUUUUAUUCGGUUUUAUUGUGGAUAAUUUUGGAAGGAAGAAAGCUCUGAUGCUUACAUCUUUGUCUAUGGCAGCGUGUUGGUCUUUGAAGAUCUAUUCCACAUCAACAUGGGCGUUGAUAUUAGCUCGUGCGAUAGUCGGCUUCGGCGUGAGUGGAUCGUAUGUGGUUACCCCUUUAUACAUCAAGGAAGUCAGCGAAGAUUCCAUCAGGGGUACCCUUGGAAGCCUGGUCAUCCUCUCCCAGAACCUGGGAAACCUGCUGGUCUACAUUGCUGGAGAGUACCUCUGCUAUAAUACUACGCUGUGGAUCUGUCUCUCCGUGCCCUUGAUACAUUUGCUUCUCUUCAUCACAAUGCCUGAAACACCGUCUUUCCUCCUUAAAAGUGGUAAAGUUGAUGAGGCUCGCGGUGCAUUGGCGUGGCUACGUUGCCGGCAGCCGGGUGAUGCAGCAGUGGACUCAGAAUUACAGGCCUUACUGCUAGAGAUGGAGCAAGACAACUCUGUAAAAUUCUUCGAAGUUCUCAAAGUUCUGAUAUCCGAUCGGAACACAUUCCGUGCUUUCCGUAUCACGCUGACAAUUACACUUGCUCGGGAGCUGUGCGGCUGUCUGGCUGUACUGCACUUCGCGUCUCUAAUAUUCAGCCAAGCGAGUGGCGGCUGGGUCCUCAAUGCCAAUCAGCAAGCGACUCUACUAGGUGUGGUGCAACUCAUCGGCUCCUGUACCGCCUCUACUUUGGUCGAGAGGACUGGCAGAAAGCCAUUGCUAGGGACGACGUGCUUGGUAUCCGGCGUGUCGCUAGCGGCUUUAGCAGGAUGGUUCGCGGUGCGGGCGGGAGGCGCGGCUCUACCUGUUGCAGCGUUAUGCCUCUGCAUCUACUGUGACGCGGCCGGCCUACAACCUGUACCCUUCGUUAUUAUGACUGAGAUGUUCUCAUUCCAGUUCCGUGGUACCGUUACUUCAAUAGUGAUCGCGUUCGCGUGCGCUUUAGUCUCCAUCGAGCUGAGAGUCUUCCAACCUCUUGCCGUCUCCAUCGGUCUGCAUUUCGUCUUCGGCUGUUUCGCGAUGGUCUGCCUCAUCAGCACAGUGUACAUCGUCUUCUGCGUCCCGGAGACCAAGAUGAGGACCACGGAGGAGAUAUACGCGGAAUUCAUGGGAAAAGGCAAAGAGAAGACCAGGGAUUGCGAAGCUUCUGUGACUAGAUUGUAGAUUUUAUGUAAGCGUUAUUUUAAGCUUGAUGUUGACAAAAUUAUCUUAAAGGAUACCAGAGUAAUCCCAGUCGUUUAUCUCAGAUUGAAUAUAUUUCCUUGAGUUUCCAUUGCCCGUUUACCAACAAAAAUGUUCUCUGUUUUAUCGAGAACAAUCAGCGAAAGGACAAUAAUGUUUUUGCAGAGGUGUUUCUGCAGUGGAAACUCACGGUACUAAUGCGAAACAGUCAUAUGAAAACAUAGUAUGGGUUUGAAAGAAAUUACAGUGCGAUAGAAUUAAACAAAUGAAAAUCAUAUUAUUGAUUAAUUCUUUGGAUCAGUUUAAUUGUGUUUUAUCCUUAAUUUUUUUUUAUUUAAUUAAUGAUUAUAUAUAGUAUAUUUGUGUUUGAAGUUUCUUGGGAAAUCUAAAUAAUUUUGUGUUAGAUUGCGUAGAUGAAUUAAGGUAUAUGAAGCGAGAAUUAUAUGACAAAAAUGUGAUUUCAUUCCAGUAGAAAUAUUUAUAUGUAGGUUGCUAUUAGCAAAUAACCCUGUAAAGUACAGAGUAUUAACAGAAAAAUGAAAUUUUACUUUUUAUGAAUGACAUGAAUGGAAUUAGAACGCGCUUUUUUAAUCUACGAUUUAGUGCUGUAGUCAGUAGAUAUUAGUAAUUUAGUGCAUAUUGCCACUUAGCGGCUAACACGACUGGCCGCACACAUUUUGUAUAGGAGUCGAACGCGCUAGUGAAAAUAGCACACACGAUUUUAUUCAAAAUGGCGGCAGCGCGGUUAGCAACGAAGUAAAGAUAGA